GGCCAACUUUCUUCUAUACCCUCCUCAUCACUCAUUUGUUCCCACAAUUCACCGCCCCCACCACCAAAUCUUCCAUUCCACCAUCAAACAAACAAACAAACAAACAAAUCUUCAUUAUUAUACAAUGGAUUGCUUCAGAUCCCCUACAAGAUUCUUGAUCUCCACCAUUGUGUUUGUCUUAUUUGUUUCAUCACUUCAGUUUCAUUACACAGAAGCCUACGAUGCACUUGACCCGAAUGGAAAUAUCACAAUUAAGUGGGACAUUAUUAGUUGGACUCCGGAUGGCUAUGUUGCUGUUGUUACUAUGUUCAACUUCCAACAAUAUCGACACAUUUCGGCUCCAGGGUGGACUCUCGGUUGGACCUGGGCCAAGAAAGAGGUGAUAUGGAGCAUGAUGGGCGGUCAAGCCACCGAUCAAGGAGACUGUUCACGAUACAAAACUUCACCUCCCCAUUGCUGCAAGAAAACGCCUUCAAUCGUUGACUUACUACCCGGGACUCCUUACAAUCAGCAAAUAGCAAAUUGUUGUAAAGGUGGAGUUAUCAACUCGUGGGCCCAAGAGCCCAAUAAUUACGCGAGCUCGUUCCAGCUUAGCGUUGGUGCAGCAGGAACCAGUAACAAGACGGUUAAACCGCCCAAAAACUUCACGUUGCUUGCACCGGGCCCCGGGUAUACAUGUGGACCGGCUGUAGUUGGUAAACCGUCGAAGUUUUUAAGUUCAGAUGGAAGAAGAGUGACUCAAGCUAUGAUGACGUGGAAUGUUACGUGCACGUAUUCUCAGUUUCUGGCUCAGAAAACCCCUACUUGUUGUGUAUCGCUCUCGUCGUUUUACAACGAUACUAUUGUGCCAUGCCCGACAUGCACUUGUGGGUGCCAAAACAACGAUACUAACCCUGGAAGUUGUGUGAACCCAAACUCACCAUAUCUAGCUUCGGUUGUUAACGCUCCUGGUAAGAACAGCUUAACACCGCUGGUUCAGUGUACGAGACACAUGUGUCCGAUUCGUGUUCACUGGCACGUGAAGCUUAACUACAAGGAUUACUGGCGGGUGAAAGUCACGAUUACAAACUUUAAUUACAGGAUGAACUACUCACAAUGGAAUCUAGUCGUCCAACACCCUAACUUCGACAACCUUACUCAAAUAUUCAGCUUUAACUACAAACCGUUGACUCCUUACUCUACUAUAAAUGACACUGCUAUGCUAUGGGGCGUUAAAUUUUAUAACGAUUUUCUUAACCAAGCUGGACCGAUGGGGAAUGUUCAAUCAGAAUUACUCUUCCGAAAAGAUAAAUCGACUUUUACUUUUGAUAAGGGCUGGGCUUUCCCGCGUAGAGUUUAUUUUAACGGCGAUAAUUGUGUUAUGCCACCACCAGACGCGUACCCGCAUCUCCCGAACGCUGGUUCUCGGGGAAAAUGGUCGUUAUUUGUUUUCUUCAUGACAUGUUUGACUUUCAUCUUUCUCUUUGAGUAACUGAUCGAGGUGCGUUUUCGUCAUGCACGUUUUGUAUAGUGCUUGCUUGGUUAGAGAUGUUUAAACUUCUAUUAGAAGGUAACGGUUUUUUCGUUCUUUGCUUGUAAUAUAAUACUCAAAUUUUCGACAUCUUUUGGUAACAAUAUACAAAAUUUGUGUAGUAAAACAGUCUCAUGAAAUA